ACCACUUCCAUGCACUUCACCAACACAUUUCCUUUACUCUCUCUCUCUCUCUCUCUUUCAAAAUUCUAAAACCCAAAACCAUGGCUUCACAUAGUUUUGCUUCAAUCAAAAUUGCCACUUUCUUGCUUCUUUCGAGCUUUCUAAUAGCAGCAUCUGCUGGUAACUUUGACCAAAACUUUGACAUCACUUGGGGUGACGGGCGUGCAAAAAUACUCAACAACGGCGCACUUCUCACGCUGUCUCUUGAUAAGUCCUCUGGCUCUGGCUUUCAGUCUAAGAACCAAUACUUAUUUGGAAAGAUUGAUAUGCAACUAAAGCUUGUUCCUGGUAACUCAGCAGGAACUGUGACUGCUUACUAUCUAUCUUCUCAGGGUUCAGCUCAUGACGAAAUCGACUUUGAAUUUCUAGGCAACCUAAGCGGUGACCCUUAUAUUGUUCAUACUAAUGUAUUCACACAAGGCAAGGGAAACAGGGAGCAACAGUUUUACCUUUGGUUCGACCCAACCAAGGACUUCCACACCUACUCCUUUCUAUGGAAUCCUCUAAGCAUCGUUUUCUCUGUAGAUGGGACACCAAUAAGAGAGUUCAAGAAUUUAGAAUCAAAGGGCAUCCCUUUCCCGAAGAACCAACCCAUGUGGCUAUAUUCCAGCCUUUGGGAUGCUGAAGAUUGGGCCACAAGAGGUGGGCUUGUGAAGACAGAUUGGACUAAAGCACCAUUCACGGCCUCUUAUACAAACUUCAAUGCCCAAGCUUGCAUUUGGUCUUCAGGUUCCUCCUCAUGUUCUUCCAAUUCCUCUGGUAACUCUUGGUUGACACAAUCCCUUGACACAACAGGGCAACAAAGAAUAAAAUGGGUGCAAAAGAACUACAUGAUUUACAACUAUUGCACUGAUACCAAGCGCUUCCCACAGGGAUUCCCUCCUGAAUGCUCAUUGGCAUGAUCAGUAAUUAUAUACAUUGGUAGGAAUAAAACGUGAGAGCUACGAGGGCAAAAAAUUUAGUUCCUUAUGUAUGAUAAAAGAAAAUACCAAUCUUCUUUUUCCUUUUAUUUAUUUUAGUGGAACGACAAAAAUUUACCUUAA